AUGCUGGUGUUUCUGGCGGCGGUUUGGAGCCUUGUGGGCCACUACCUAAGCUCACGCUCCCGCUACCUCAGCGAGAGCGGCACCGCCUGCCUGCUGGGCCUUGCUGCGGGGCUGGCGCUGCUGGCCUGCCGCAACCGGGACACGGCGGGGCUUGUGAAUGAGAUGCUGUCCUUUGACAGCGCCGCGUUCUUCACCUACCUGCUGCCCCCCGUCAUCUUCUACGCCGGGCUGUCAGUGGAGCAGCGCCGCUUCUUCGGCAACCUGCCCUCCAUCCUGAGCCUGGGGGUGCUGGGCACGCUGCUCUCCUUCGUACUCAUGUCGGCGGCGCUGUACAGCUUGGCGGGUACGACAAUUGGGCUGGAGGCGCAGGACUGCUUGGCCCUGGGUGCCGUAUUCGCGGCAACCGAUUCGGUUGCCGUACUCAGCCUGCUGGAUCCCAGAUCCUCUCCGCAGCUCUUCAGCCUUGUGUUUGGGGAGGGAAUCGUGAAUGAUGCGACCAGCGUGGUACUGCUGGGAGCCCUUGCCAGGAUGGCAAGGCAGCAGGAGGCGGAGGCGACAGCGGC